UCAGAAGCCCAAUAGAUUGUAAUUCCGGGGAAUAACAACUGAACCAGCAGUCCCCAUUUCUCUCCAUACUGGAAAAACGCAGUGAGAGAGCACCCGAGAAGAAGAUCGAAAACGUUCGGAAGUAUUGAUCCAGAGUUUCACCUUAGCAAUGUUUCUGCGGGUGAUCGGGCGGCCAUUGUUGGCUAAAGUGAAGCAGACAACGGGGAUCGUGGGUCUGGAUGUGGUCCCCAACGCGAGGGAGGUAUUGAUCAAUCUGUACACCAAAACCCUAAAGGAGAUUCAGGCGGUCCCUGAGGACGAAGGGUACCGUAAGGCGGUGGAGAGCUUCACGAGGCAUAGGCUGAAGGUAUGCCAAGAGGAAGGGGAUUGGGAAAUGAUCGAGAAAAAACUUGGGUGCGGCCAAGUUGAGGAGCUCAUCGAGGAGGCCCAGGACGAGCUCAAGCUCAUCGAGAAAAUGAUCGAGUGGGAUCCUUGGGGUGUUCCUGAUGACUAUGAAUGUGAAGUUAUAGAAAAUGAUGCACCAGUUCCGAAGCAUGUUCCUUUACAUCGACCUGGUCCUCUUCCUGAGGAGUUCUACAAGACACUUGAGGCUGUGCAGUCCAAAAAUGAUGCACCUGCAGUCAACUCUGGUCAGACAGAGUCAAAGGAGAAAUGCUUGGGGCACACUUAAUUUGAGAAACAUCGAGUUUCAGAGUUCAAUUUCUCGUUGUUUCUCGUUUAUUGUUUUGUGUUUGUUCUCUUGUAAUUCCAGUUUACCAGAUUGAAUAGGGUUUUCAUGAAACAAGGGCCAGAACCAUUCAGUGAAUAAUCCUGACUUGGGCAGACGUUACUAAAAGUUGUUUUUAUAAAAUCUCAUUCUUGAUUUCCUAUUAAAAAUAAAUUUUGGCUAGUCUAUUGAACGGUA